GUUAUUAAAUUUAAUUUUAAUUAGUGAAAUUGAAUUCUAUAUAUAAUUUGAGACUCCGUGCAAUUCACAAGUUUCGGCUUUGACCGUAUUCAUUGUUUCUUCUUCCUCUUUCUCCGUGACGCUCUUUCAGUACUCUGUACGAAUCUGUGUAAAUCUCUCAGCUCAGCUCACCCACCGUCCUUCACUCUUUCCACGCUUCUUCUUCUUCUUCAGGCGAUUUCCUUUUCCUUCUUCUCCUUUUCCUGAGUUUUCUUCCCUCUUUUCCCUUUUCUCGCCGCCCUUCUAUGUAUGUACUCUUAACGGAGUUUUCAAUUAAUUGUUGACGGAGAGCGAGUUUUCGGAGAUCUGUUUGUGGAUAAGGUUGGAACAGUAUGCGGUGGUGUUUGAGUCUCUCAGUUGAUGUUUUUCGCAAAGUCAUUUCGUUGAACUUAUACUGUAAAGUUAUUCUGUAAUUCUUCGCCAAUCUUUAGAUCGAUUCUUCUCUUUUUGUCACCAUAUUCUUGAACGUUUAUCAUCCAUGGGUUCGAAUUUUCUCGUCGUUGUUCCUUGUUAUGUCCUCCAGAUUAGUUGAAAAUUUGGAUCUGUUCGUUCUUUUUGAGGAAUUCGGUUUAGUUAUCCGACUUCCAUUUUUCUGUUUUUUUCUUUUCAAUUACGCGAUAAGGAGGUGGCUGGCUGUGUGAAUCUGAUUCCAUUUUAUUGGACGAAUCUUUUUUAUUUGGAUAACACGGAGACUGUUGGUUAUUCUUCUUUGGACAAUUUGUGCUAUUAUUCCCCAUAUUGAAGGGCUAGGGUAGUAGUUAUGGUGUGCCAAGCAGCUACUCAAACAAGAUUUAGAACAUUGAAACACGAAAAUGGGAUUGCUGGAAGUGCCACCAUAAUCGUUAGAGUCAUAGCAUGCUUUCAACCUCUCCAGGAUUGUCAGGCUGAGUACUUUCGUCAUUUGUUGAAACCAGUCACGUAGAUAGGUUCCGUAUUUCUGCGUUCAUAUUAAGCUGGCGUCUUUUAUUGUUUUUCUUAAUCCUGAAAGAUACAGAAACUGCAAUCGAUAGUUUACAACGCCCUCUUUCUGGUAAAUUGUUUUGAUUGGAUGGGAGAAGCUUGGGAAGCAGGACGUCCUCCUAAGCUUCUUUUUGAUUGGCAACCAUCGCUGUUAAAUUCUUUCAGUACUGCACCGAAUCUGGGCCGACCUAAUCUCGUUGCUUCGAGUAUUUGCAACAAUAUGGUCAUGAAGAAUGGAAACUUUCCAGUAAACUCUGCAUUGAAGGCCCCUCAACCGCAGGUAGGCCUAGUGAAUGAACCAUGUAGUUGGUUUCAUUGCUUGGGACCUUCACAACAAGCUACUUUACCCCUAAAGAGUCCUAUCUACAAUGAUAAUCUAGCGGCUAUAUCGAAAGGACUUUUGAAAGAGGAAGUGGCGCCUCUUUGUGGCUCUGGGACUCAGCAGAAGGGGUUUCUUGUCAUUGAUCAGUCAGCAGAUAAAACAACUUUGGUUUUAUGUUCUGGAGUUGGUGGUCCUCUCCAAUUACUUACUUCAUGGAGUCCACAACCUACUGCUGCUUAUAAAUUUAAUGGCGAAGAUACUAGAAAUAAACAAGAUUUCAUUUAUGACUUGAAACCAGUUUUGUCUAAUGAUUUUGCUGAGAACCAUGAGACUGAUGAGCAGAGUGAGAUGCAAGAAGACACAGAAGAACUCAAUGCACUUCUCUACUCAGAGGAUGAAAGUGAAUUUGAUGAGGAUGAUGAAGAUGAAGUUACUAGCACUGGUCAUUCACCAAGUGCAAUGACAACUAAAGAUAAACGGUAUCCAUGUGAAGAAAUGAACGAAGAAGUUGCUAGUUCUGCAGGUUCAACGAAGAAACGGAAAAUUGAUGGAGGUUAUGAUGCAAUGUCACUAACGGACACUGCAAGUUCACCGAUGCCUCGAAGAUCCCCCGAGUACGAGGACGAUGCUGAAUCUAGUUGUGGAAACGAAGGAAGCCAGGAUAUAGAGGAUGUGGACUCCUCGUCUAUUAAGAAGAAGUUAAGAAAAGAAAAAAUACGCGAAACUGUGGGUAUUCUUGAGAAUUUAAUUCCUGGGGGGAAAGGCAAAGAAGCCAUAGUCGUACUAGACGAGGCAAUCCAAUACUUAAAAUCUUUAAGACUUAAAGCGGAGGCUUUUGGUCUCAAUACAUGCUACUGAGUCAUGCUGCCGAGUUCUUAUGUUAUUAUGUUCGAAUAAGGUCAGACUGAGUUAUGAUAUUUCCAAUAUUGUUACGCAUUACUGGAUGAUGUGGAAUAAGGCGUUGAAGUCCUAGUGUAGGUGGGUGGGGAGGGUAAUGCAAUUGUAAGAUUUGUGUUUAAGAACUCUCCCACCUGAACAAGAAGGGGGUAAUGGAUUUGUAGAAGGCAAAGUUUUUGGGGGUGGGGUAUGAAAGGAGGUCCCAAAAUAAAGAGGUGCACGCCCUUGUUUAAUAGGGGGCCCCCUAUCCUUUACUUUCUUUCUAUAAUCCGUCUGUUGGGAGUGGAGUUUGAUCAAAUUUGCAGGUAAUGAAGCAGUCAAAGGCUUUCCUUCCACUUUCCGGCUUGGUACAGCUUUAGAACUGUUGGGAUUUUCUUUCUAUUCUUGCUCUGUGAAGGGGGAAAAAGGUGGAUGGGUAAGAAAAAAUGAGUUUGAUGAGUUAAAAUUAGGGUUGGUAUUUGAAUCCAAAAUUAAUUUCAGGGUUGGUGUUUUUAUGCCUGUGUAUGUAAGUAGCGUCGCAUGCAAGCAUUUAUUAUGAUAAUGAGAGCGAUGUGUUUAUUUUAUUA